AUUUGCCCUAAUGUAAGCCCCGUUCUUCUUCCUGUGGAUCUGACGAUGGCAAUGGGAGCCGGCGCCGGCGGGGACAUGGGUGGCCACGAAAUGGGUAUGAUGGCGCCUCCGCCAGCUUCAUCUCCGGCGCAUCCCAUGGGCCACGGGAUGAUGCACAUGACCUUCUUUUGGGGCCAGCGCGCCGCGAUCCUCUUCUCCGGCUGGCCCGGCGACCGCGGCCUCGGUAUGUAUCUCCUCGCCCUCGCCUUCGUCCUCGUCCUCGCCGUCCUCGAGGAAGCCCUCUCCGCCGCCUCCCAGAGGUUCUCCUGGAGGCAAGCCUCCGGCGGGGGGAGCCGCGGGCCGGCCGAGGCGCUGCUUCUGACCGCGCUGCACGCCGUGCGCCUGGGGCUGGCCUACCUGGUCAUGCUCGCGCUCAUGUCGUUCAACGGUGGAGUAUUCUUGGCGGCCGUAGUCGGGCACGCGAUUGGAUUCCUCUUCACUCGGAGCGGACUCCUGGAGCGGCAGGCGGCCAGAUCUGGAAACGCCCAGCAACCUCCUUCUGCCAAGGCUGUUACCCAUCUACAUUAUGAAUUUUUGAAUUCUUCUGCCAUCACUACAAGAGCUGCUUCCACUGAAAGAGAGAAGCUGGUCAAUAGUUCCAUUCAUGGGGAAGGGAGUUCAUGGGAGUCCUAAUGGCUACCGGCUGGAGAUGGCUGUGAAGCCUCAGAGCGUCUGCUCUUCCCAUAAUUGCAUCUGAAGAGAAAUAGUGAUCGAAUAAGUAAAUCGACUUUUUUUUCCUAUUAUUAUCAGAAGAAGAAAUCACAAAGAUGGUAGUUAACCAUAUUGAGUGACAAAUCCACUGGGGAGACUUGUGUUCAGGUUCAGAGCCUGGGCCACUCUUGCCGGAAUAAACACAGUUGAACUAGCUGCUGCAUCACGAGCAAUAACAGAAUCAGGAAACAUCGAAGGCAAAGAAGACUAGCAAGUUUAUGUUUAAAAAGAUGAUUACUUGGCUUCUUUUCCGGCUCCGCCUUGCUCACUGCCGUGCGAGGUAGGAAGACGCCGGUGCCGGCUGACUCAUUUCGCGCGCUGGAGCGGCAAAGGAAGACUGCUGGCGUCCCGGAUUGUGAAAGGGGAUGGUGCCGGAGCAGAAGUGGGGUCCGUAGCGAAGGAGAAGAGCCGGGGGUGCCGCUGCCACCGUAGCUGAGUCCUCUUCUUGCGUGUAGUUGCUGCUGCAGUAACUGUUGCUGCUUCAGGUGAAGGAGCUGAAGGUUCAGAAGCCAGCGCUCGUGAUGGCUUCGCCUGCGACGCUCCGCGUCGUCGAGGUCGGACCUCGCCGCCCCUUUUCCAGCAGCCCGAUUCAACAGAUCCCUCGUCUUCGGCGGUGGCAAGAGACCAAGAUUAAGACUCGCAUAACUCAACAAAGUUCGAAUCCCACGAAAGUUCUCACCUUGUCUCCACCGCUGAGGAAAGUGCGGCCGCCCAUGUUGCUUCCUUCCUCUUCCUCGUGCUUCCCCUCGCGGUCGACGAAGAACUCGUUGAAGAAUCCAUCGUCAAGUAGCUCGGAGGGAAGCUGAAAAUCCUCCGCCAUAAGCUGAAGCAGCACUGU